AUGAAAGAUAUGGAUGACGACGCGACGGCGUACGAAUGGAGUGAUUUCUAUCCAAAUGAAUGGAAACUCGAUCAGAAACUCCUCGUUCACUACAGUCGUCGCUUGCAAAAAGUCGAAAUGUGGCCGUAUUUCGAUGUACCGCACUAUAUUUUUUCAGCGAUCGCCGUUCGUGACGAUCUCGGCCCAUCCGCUUUGCAAUUCGCCCGUCAGCAUCCAUUCUCGUGUUGGCUUUCAACGAUGAUGAUUUCUUUUGCAGGAACCCUGUUGGCAAAUUUUUUGCUCGGCGAGGCACCGAUUGAGCCUUUCCGCAAUCAUUUCGACGUUUUAGCGGCCACAGCUAUUUGGUAUCUUGUUUUCUAUUCACCGUUUGACAUUUUCUAUCGAGUUUCCACGUUUUUCCCCAUCAAAUUGGUGCUUUCCGUGCUAAAGGAAGCACAACGAGCGUACAAGGUGUCUCACGGUGUCGCACAUGCUUGCCGGGUGUAUCCAGAGUCGUAUCUCGUUCAAGCAAUGGUUGGAAUAUCGAAAGGAGCUGGUGGAGGGAUCGUGAAAACCGUUGAACAACUAGUCCGUGGCGUUUGGAUCCCGCAUAAACACGAGAUCCUUCAUCCAUCAUUCACCACAAAGGCUUGUGUCAUCGCCGCUACAGUGUUCACCGUCGAGCGAAACUCGAAUCUAAUCACCGCCCCUCAUGAUCUCAUUUAUUUGGCGGUAGUCGGCUUCUUUGUCUACUUUAAACUCUCGGCCUUGGUCUUGCAUGUGAAAGAUCCGUUAGCUCCAUUGGAAAACAUUUUCUGCUCAAUUUUUAUGGGUGGAAUCUGGGAGGCUUUCUCGAGAGCUGUUGAAACGACGAAAGAAGAGGUAAACUCCUCGCAAAAACACAAAAACGACGAUAACUUCUUGACUGUUUCCAACAAGCAAAAGAAUGGCACAAAGAAAGAAACGAAAAAAGCGAAA